AUGACGUUUGGCAAUAGUCAUCUAGAUGUUAUUGUGUUUGUUGUAUCAAAAUCAUCGAGUUAUCAUAUCCGUGACUCCAUUCGUCGUACAUGGGGCAAGUUUGAUCUCGUCAAACAGUCUGUACCCACUGUGAACAUGAAACUACUGUUUAUGAUCGACAUUGAUGAAUCAAAACUGAAGAAUAUUCAAUUAGAACACGAAUUAUUCGGUGAUAUUGUUCAAGUUCAACUACCUCAACAUUAUCUGUUGAAUUCAUGGAGAGAUAUGGCUAUACUCGAUUGGUCAAUGAAGUACUGUUCACACGCUAAAUUUGUAUUUAAAACCGACGAUGAUAUAUUUGUAGAUACAUUUUUGUUAGCAAAGUUCAUUAGUCAGCAGACAGAUGAUGAUAUUGUGUUGAAUAGCAGAGGCGAGCCACCGAAUAUUUCAGAUUGUAGAAAUGUCCUUGACGAUUCGGACACAAAAUCAAAAGUGCUGUACGGUUUCAUAAAUAGUGAUGCUGAAGUCGUCAGAUCAAAAAAUCAUCGAAUAUUACAAUCAGAACGAUAUAUUGUCACACAAGAUGAAUAUCCUUGUGCGAUAUACCCCGAUUUUCUAAGUGGUUUUGGCUAUUUAGUUAGUUCAAAUGCGCGUGAUGCUUUGGUGUGCACAUUUUAUCGUGAUAAGCAACGAUUCUCUAUAUCCGACGUCUACAUAACUGGUAUUUUACCUGAAUAUUUGAAUAUAACACGAAAAUCAAUGAGCAAUUAUCAAAUUGGUUAUCGUCCAAAUGAAAAAUGUGAACAUUUUUUCCGGCAAGAAAACAGUUUAGCAUAUGCAUGCGCAGUAUCUCUACAUUAUAAUGCAUACGGAGAAGAAAACAAAUGGACAGUUUUUGAAGAAUACAAUGUCUAUUGGCAAAUCAUUAAAUCCAAAAUGGUUCAAAAGCAUAACAAACAUCAAUAUAGAUAG